GCCAAUUACCAGCGACAGCGGAUCGUUUGGGAAGAGAGAAGUUGCGCAAGAUUGGCCGCGUUGGAGAGGAGUCAGUUGCUCAAUGGGACCGAGAGGAGGAUGGCGUAUCUGUUCUGUAGGGGCCCGAGGUUCACGCUAGAUGAAGCUAUGAAAAUCAGCAAAUUGUAUGAACACCUCCAGUCCAUAUACUCGGACGCUAAAGUGUGUAUUCCUUUCGAAAAAGUUGAACCCCCCACUGAUUUGGCGGGAGUGGAGUCCGCCAUCUUGGAAUACAUCGCGACUGUCAAACGAGUUCUCAAUGUGGAGUCAGAAGGAGUAUCUAGAGCAGCAAAACUGGCAGUAAACGAGAAAGCCGAGACCUCCCUCUGUUUGCACGGCGACGCCGAUUUCGAUAAAAUGAUGAAGUUCUCGAGGAACGAGGAAGUGCUGCGGUGGUUGUGGAUAUCCUGGCGGGAGAAGCUGGGGCCGCCGAUGAAGGAGCCCUAUAGGGAGUUGGUUAAUGUUGAGAAUAGAGCGGCUAAACGGAAUGGUUACACAGACAUCGGCGCCACCUGGCGGGACGAAUCGGAAGUAACAGACUUACGACUAAUCUGCCGCCGUCUCUACAACCGUGUCAAACCUUUGUACUCCCUUCUACACGGAGUCGCUAGAUACUACUUGAGGAAGAAGUAUGGAGACAUAGUGCCGGAGCGGGGGCCUAUACCUGCUCAUUUACUUGGCAGUCUAUGGUCCCAGAAUUGGGAGUCCAUUGCUGAUCUCGUCCUGCCUCAGACCAUAGACCUCGACAAGAGUAUCAAAAACACGAAUUGGACAACUGUGGACAUGGUAAAACACGCCGAAGAUUUCUACCAAUCGCUAGGGCUGCCCGCCAUGACAGAUACGUUUUGGCGCGAAUCUGUAUUCGAGCGGCAGGGCCCGAGCACGCGCUGUCACGGCACCGCGGCGGACAUGUUUCAAGAUGGCGACUUCAGGCUCUUGUAUUGUUCAGGAUCAACAGCCGAGGAUUUGUACGUAAUCCAUCAUGAAUUGGGACACAUUCAGUAUUACAUGGCAUAUCAAAACCAGCCUGGCAUUUUUCGACAAGCGAACUCAGCACUACACGAAACCGUCGGAGACACCAUCAUGUACGGUGUACUAACCCCACAACACCUUUACCGUAUCGGCCUAAUCAACGACUCCAUGCUUUUCACCAACCCUAAACCAUCCAUUGAAGAAGAAACUUUAAUAUCUAAAGACCAGAUCCCAAAUUCCUUUGACUCAACAAAUGAAGGUCCACCAAAAACCACCAAUGCAGAAGAAACUCUAACAUCUGAAGAACAGAUCCCAAAUUCCUUUGACUCAUUUGAAGAUGCAAACUGGAAUGACGUAACUACAGAUGAUGUGUUACUUCUAAAGCAAGCUUUAAACAAGAUACCACAGAUACCAUUUUCGCUUGUCAUAGAUGAGUAUAGAUGGAGGUAUUUCGAAGGUGAUUUGAAGGAUGAUCUGAAUGAGGAGUUUUGGGACCUGGUGAUAGAACUGCAAGGGAUAGCGCCUCCGGAGAAGAGGGGUGAGGAGGGAUUUGAUGCUGGGGCUAAAUAUCAUGUCCCUGAUAAUACACCAUUUAUAAGAUACUUCCUAAGCAGUUUUCUUCAACACCAGCUAUUUGAAAGCCUCUGCAAAGCCGCCAUCUUUGGCCGUGUCGGAGCUAAGGAGGACAUACCGAAGACCAUACCGAUGAACAGGUGUGAUAUAUACGGGUCUAAGGCUGCUGGAAAACUGCUGCGAGAACUAAUGUCAAGAGGUCAUUCUCAAAAUUAUCAAGAAAUACUCCAGGCGACGCUCGGCACAGACGUCAUCUCCUCAGCAGCGCUCGAGCGAUACUACCGCCCUCUGUACGCGUUGCUGGUUAAACAUGUGCGCGCGCAUCGCAUCCCUAUUGGCUGGUAGCUGACCAAUCAGCGUUUGAAUAAUGAGAUUGGAUUAAAUCAGACAAAAAUAAUUGCAAAAAAAGAUA